AUGUCGUUUAUUAAUCGAAUACGGAAUCUGAUCAUUCUUUCUUGUUUCUGUCCUCAGGUGGGCGGGACCAUGUACAACACGGGUCGCCACGUCUCACUGCGAAUGGACAAGGAGCACCUGGUGAACAUCUCCGGUGGACCAAUGACGUACAGCCACCGCCUGGAGGAGAUCCGGCUGCACUUCGGGAGCGAGGACGGACAGGGCUCUGAACACCUGCUCAACGGACAAGCCUUUUCAGGAGAGGUUCAACUUAUACACUACAACCACGAGCUGUAUACCAACUACACAGAGGCAGCCAAGAGCCCCAACGGACUGGUCAUAGUGUCUAUAUUUAUGAAGAUUGCGGAGACUUCAAAUGCAUUCCUGAAUCGAAUGUUGAAUAGAGACACCAUCACAAGAAUAACAUAUAAAAAUGAUGCAUAUUUGCUGAUGGGCCUGAACAUCGAGGAGAUUUACCCAGAAACCUCUAGUUUUAUCACAUAUGACGGGUCGAUGACCAUCCCGCCUUGCUUUGAGACGGCCACGUGGAUCCUGAUGAAUAAGCCAGUGUACAUCACACAAAUGCAGAUGCACUCCUUACGACUGUUGAGUCAGAACCAGCCGUCUCAGAUCUUCCUGAGUAUGAGCGACAACAUUCGCCCGGUCCAACCGCUGAACAACCGCUGCAUCCGGACCAACAUCAACUUCAGCAUGCAGGGCAAAGACUGUCCCAACAACAGGGCCCAGAAGCUCCAGUACCGAGUGAAUGAGUGGCUGCUAAAGUAGUCUCUCUUGGGUGAGCACAGAAACAAGACACAAUGACAGAGACAGGAGGGGGAUAUGAGAGAGAGAGGGAGAGAGAGAGAGAGAGAGAAAGAGAGAGAAAGAAAGAGAGAGAAGGAAGGAAGGAAAGAAGGAAGGAAGGAAGGAAAGAAGGAAAGAAGGAAGGAAGAAAACAACUGGAAACCGCACCAAGGCUGCAUCUCAUCUAAGAUUAUUUCAUGUAAAAAGAGGAAAAAAAGAAACUGAACAUUAUCAAGUAAAAGACUUUGUGUUGCUUUACAAAGAGACUACUACUUUUCAUAUGUACAUCGAGAACUAUUUGAAUUCCAACACAUACUAACUGACACGUCCAGUACAAAUAUAUCUAUUAUGAAACCUGUUUUGAUACUGAUACUUUUUUGGGAGAUAACAAAAUGUUUAAAACGUACAAAAACACUGAAGCAUUUAUUUCAUACAGCCGCUUCUUCACACAGACUGAGUAGGACUGAGUGGGACUUUUAGCCUUUGUACAUAGACACCUUGCUACCAAUGAGAUCUUAAGGACUUAUCAAGACAAUGCCCCUAGUGGUUUAGACAGAGAAGGUCUUCAAGGCUCAUAGCUGCAUCGUCAUCACCAUCACUUACAAGGCAUGCCGACUGCAACAACCCAAGAGAGCGAGACCUUACAUCCUUGCCUUGUAAUAGAAGGUCAUUAUGAAAGGAACAACGGAAAAGGAUCUUCUGUCUAACUGAUGAACCGAUGAGUGUCUUGGCCUUUGUUGUAUAUAGUAUAAUUAUCAGUACUGCUGAAAAACUGAAUAUGUAAAGAAAAAUACAAAUAAACAUUUUAAAAGAUAUAUUAAGAGGAUAAAAAAAAGAUGAGUAUUUUAAAGGCCCAGUGCAGUCAAAAAUGUGAUUUCUUGUGUUUUAUAUUUCCACACUAUGAUGUUGGAAUAAUACUGUGAAAUUGUGAAAAUUAUGAUAAUGCCCUUUUAGUGUAAGAGCUGUUUGAACAGACCGCCAGAAAUUUCACCCUGUUUUGGUGGGAUGUUGUUUUGGCCUUCACGGUGACAUCACCAUGCAGGAAAUUAGUUAAUACACAAAAAGACUUCCAAAACUCUCAGACAAUAACAGCUAAUUGUCCGUUUUUCCGCUCCCCAAUCAGACCAAUCCCAGACAGGUCUAGCAAAAAUUUUGCUUGAGAAAUUGCCCUUUGCUAAGAAGCAAUUUUUUGUUUAUUUUGGGCCAUUUUAAUUGAAAAUAAUCACAGUAAAGUACUUAAUUGUUAUCCAGAAAUGAUUUGAUAUUGAGAUUAACACCGGCUGCAAUGGACCUUCAAACGCUUGGUGCACUUUGAAUUGUGGAAGCAGUUCUGAGCUGAAGCCUGUUUUAUUGCUUACAAUGGUCUUACACUGUGUUUGAGUAAUGUUAUCAGCCUAAUAAAUGUGUCUGGAAAGUUGACUGGAAAAUA